AUGUUGAUAAGAUCAUGCACGGCGCUGCUGCUGGCGGCGAGCACGGCGUAUGCAUUGAAGGAUGCGUAUCCAUUUGUUCUGCUUUCGACUGAAGCCAUCCCCUCAACAAUCCUCCAAUCCACCCAACUCUCCACCGCCUCCUCCCUCCAAACCUCCCUCCUCGCCACCCUCGACGCUCUCGACGCGAACACGCAGUUCAUCUUCAUCGAGCAGGGCGGCGUGGCCGCUAACGACCUCCGCGAUGGGAGCGCGAUGCCCAAGUUGAGGAGGAGGAUAGAGGACAAGCAGUAUAAGAGCGUGGUGCAGGUGCCGGAGGUGCUUGGGGGCGUGGAUCUCCAGAACGUGGUGGAGAAGGUUGGUGGGGAGAGGGCGGAGGUGGUUGUGGUUCCUGGUGUGUUGGGGAGUGAGAGUGUGGAGGGACGGAGGCAGGUUUUGGGGGAUACUGAUGCGUCUAUUGAGAACACCCUCUCGGAGCGUUUGUCGAACCACACCUCGCACGUUAUUAUCUACGUCUCCGUGCCUUUCGCGCACGAGACGAGCGAGGACGUCAAGCAGCAGCAAGACUACCGCAUGGACGAGCCACCCUUCCACGAGGUGAUGCACACGGACCUGAAGCGAGACUUGGAGCGCGGAUUGCGAAGAAGACAAGACAGCGGGAAUGAUGAUUUCCAGAGAGAUCUGCCAUUGUUCGAGAAGUAUCAGUUUCUGACACCCGGUAUCUUCAUGGGCCUCUCCGUCUCCAUCCUCCUCUUCGGCAUUCUCUACGUUGGGAUCUCGGCGAUUGCGGGCUUGGAGGUGUCGUAUAUGGCUUUUAGCAAGGAGAUGGGGCCGCAGGCUCAGGGACAGAAGAAGCAGCAAUAG